ACCUCCCUCAUAUGUAUACAUUUUUUAUUUUUAUUUUUUUCUCACAGAUAUAUUUCGUCAGAUGGGAUCGAGUUAGUAUAUAAAGACGUCGUACCGGGCAUUGGAUAUCACACUUCGAACAAGUGAAGAACUAUUCCAUCAUGUUCAAGCUCGUAGUUGCCGCUGCUCUUUUCGCCGCCGUCUGUGCGGUACCAUACGGACGUCCAUAUGCUGCCCCUGUAUAUGCACGAAGCUAUGCAGCACCUGCCUACAGCGCACCAGCACCCCACUAUGGAGGUUAUGCUCCUGUUGACUAUGCUGUACCCACUCCUUACGAAUUCGGUUAUGAUAUCGCUGGCGACUAUGGUGAAUUCAAGCAAAAUCGAAAGGAAGCUAGUGAUGGUAAGGGCAAUGUCCAAGGAUCUUACGGCUAUACCGAUGCUCAUGGUAUCUACAGACAGGUUGAUUAUGUUGCCGAUGCUCAUGGUUUCCGAGCAAAUGUGAAGACCAACGAGCCCGGAACUGAUAACCAGAACCCAGCUGAUGUGUACGUCCAAGCCAGCCCUGCCCAAUACGCCCCCGCACCUCACUACGGUGGUUACCCCAAAUAUUAGAAUAUCGCGAAUUUAGGAUAAGGCAAUUUCAAUUAUAAUCUUAAUGUCGGUGCUACAUUCUCGCUGCACUGCAGGGAUCCAGGACAAAAAGCAAGGUUCAGGGAUUAGCAGAGCAUUAAAGCAGACGGCUGUCGAUCCUGCCUAACAUAGGGUGGGAGAAUGCUCAACCUCUGAUCAAACUACGUCCCCCCUGUGUCAUCCGUGUAUCACGUACUUAUUUAUUUAUUCUGUCUUUCUGUCUUUUACAUGUGACUCUGUUCAACCUUUUCCUUCCCACACAGCUUAAUGCUUGAGGCAGCACAAAUGGCAGCCGAAACUGGCAUUUGUACAGUCAAAAUGAAUUUGUUGGUGUUUGCUCUUCUUUGUAUAGAAACCUUCCAUUAAGCUCAAUAAAGCAUAUUUCCUGAAAAA